CAGAAAAAGCAAAUUCCCUAAAUUCAGGGGUUGAGAAGUCCCCCUGGGAAGCAAUGGAGACUCCAGCCAGCCCCACCCUGCUCUACAUUGGAGACAGAUGGAAAGUGAGGAAGAACCGGUUCCAGUGGAAAGUUGGAGCUGUGGUGGAGACGGGAAAACUAGGAAGCUGGGGAAGUCAGGCAGCAUUGUACGUGGCAUGGCCCUGGAUCUGCAGCUCCGAAGCUGGCUUUGGGCAAUCCUGUGCCUCUCCCUUCCUGUGGGGGCUGCAUCUCGAUGGCACACAGGACAGCCUAUGGACAGUGCUGGUGUGGGCGGUGUUCCCCUGGAGCCAGAGCACCUGGACAUGAUGUUUGAGUUCCUGUGGACAGGGCUGAAGCUGGACACCAUGGGACAGUUCCACCUCCGGGAUGAGGAGCUGGCGUCGACGCGCCCUGGCCGACGCCUCACCCUCUUCCUCCGGCACUGGGUCCCCAGUACCUUGGCUGGGACUGAGCGGCAGCUGCGGCAGUGGCACCAGGCAGCUCCCCUGAGCCCCGCCAGCUUCCAGCAGCUGCUGCUCACCGGUGUGGCCUGUGUCUAUCGCCUCCACGCAGCUCUCGAGGGAGAGGAGAGGGCUCGCUGGGCUGAGCUCUUCUCCCUUUUGGGACAGGAAAUACUCCAGGACCUGUGCAAGGACCACUGUCCCCAGGGUCAGACCCCCUUGCUGAGUCCUUGGGCCUUCCCCAGUGAGCUAUCUCAACAGCACUCCAGCCCCUAGGCCCUGCCCUGGGCGGUGGGCAUCUCCUGCUUCUUUCCAGCUCCCUCCCCUCCACCUGGGGGAGCCCCCCUGCCAUUGGGGGCGUGGCUUUUCUCUCUCCUGCUCUUGCCCCUUUCUGAGACCCAUGGUCCCCAGGAAGCACAGGGGAAGUCACUUAGGUGCUCUGGUCCUGUUUCCUCACCUGUAAAAGGAGAGUUGACCUGGAUGAUAUCUAAUGUCCCUUUCACCUCUAAGUCCUUUGGCACAGGGUCACAACAUGGGCAAUAUAUAUGUAUGUAUACAUACACACAUAUGUAUUUAUAGAGGGGAUAUAAAUGAGAGUAGCAGCCCUAAGAACAAUUGCAGAGAUGGGACUAGGGGACAUGGCGAUCGGACCUGGGGACACAGAGGGACCAUCUGUCUUCCCUGGGCAGCACUGCACAGUGCAUGGCACAUAGUAGGCACUUUAAAAAUGUUUAUUGACUGACUGACAGAGAGUUGUGGAGUCAUCAAGAAUCCUCCAAGGGCCUCCUGACUGACCGGCAAGGCUGGGGAUAGAAAAAGAACUUUUCCCAACCCUAGACUUGACCGUGACUUUGAAAUCACAAUUUUCACCAUAAUCCCAACUCCCAAUCCCAUAGCUUCCUGAAAAAUCUUUCAACAAUAGGAUUAAGUAGAGGAGGUUUGGAGGAAGGAGCCAGGAAGCUCGCUGAAUGUCAGUGAGAUCUGAUGUGGGUAUGAUGAGGGGUACGGGGCCCUGUGCCACAGGAAGGGAAGCCUCAGCAGGGCAUGCUGCUCCCGCCGUCCUAAUGAGACCAUCCCACCUUCGUGGGAGAACUGAGGCAGGGACUAAGAUGCAAAGACAAGUUCUUCUUGUGAGUCAUUUGGUUAUUACAAAGUCCUGGGUCAAUUGCCAGAGGUCAGAAUGGGGCUCUCCUUUUUCCCCAUCCUUUGCUCAGGAAGUAGUAGGAACCAAGGUGUAGUGGUGGUAGGGAAGGAGGUAUCUAGACCAAUCCUCCUUUUGGGAAAUUUCAAGUUGGACAUAAGUGUUGUGAGGAGCAGAAUCUGGACUGCUGAGCCAUCCCAGCCUCCCACCCCCUUUCUGUCGUCCCAGGGUCCUGGUCUAAAGAGCAACCAUAACCUCUGCCAACCUUCCCCUAACAUACUCUGCAGAUCUGUUCCGUAAUAACGUUUUGCUGUGGGCAUGGGUGACGUCCCCUUUCCUCCUCUAUUCCUUGCACCAGUUUGUCCAUGUCAGAGCAAGUGGCUGUUCUCAGCAUCACCCUAUGUUGAAGCUCACAUUCUCCCACCUCCUAUAAACCAUCCUCUUCAAUGCCAUGAAAAGGAAUCAGAGAUUCGAAGGAGGGUUGGAUGGUGGGUAUUUUAGAAGAAAGUCUGACAUAGACAUUGGGUCAGUUAAAGGGAUCUAACAAAAUGGGCACGUGGAAGGAGGGUUGGGCCAAAGGCAGGAUGAGGUUAGCUAAGGAGGUUCACCAAGGAGUGUGUCUGGCUGAACACUGAGGAGUUGGGAUGAAGAGGGUCAGGUAGGGAACCCAGUUAGAGGGGAAUCAGGGGUGACAGGAGCAUCAGACUGGGAAGAGGUCAGACCCCAAGAAUCAUGGGGAAGUCAGACUAUCAGGCUUAGAUGACAAGGUCAGAUGCCUAAAUAGGACCUUAAAACAGAAGUCAAGGUGGAUGGGAAGUGAAGUUAGGGCACAGGGGCUGAGUCCCAACUAGCAUCUCUAUGCACUA